ACAAUGUCGCCCAAUGCAUGUUAUUGAUAUUUUGAAACAGGUGUUCAUGUAUAUAGAGAUAUAAAACCUAGCUGUUUAUCUAAGACCGGAAGUUGUCCAGCCGGGACUAUCAAAUUACAAGUUGCAAUUAACCGACUGAUGGAAGCAUAGAUGAAAACCAGAUGUAAGAAGCUAAGAGCUGGUAAGGAAUGACCUCAUGAACCUAAGCGGGAGUCACUUGGUUCAUGCACAGCAGGGAGUUUAUAGCUUUGUCUUAUCAGAUCGUCUGCCAGUAGAUAGGUUGUAACAUGGAUGAACGUCGAUGUUAUUCUGAACAUGGAAUGUAGGCGAUAUUCAGACGAAAAUCUUCAGUGAUUUUGGACAUCCGACGUUUAUUCCGGAACAACAACAGCCGUUAAACAUGGAAGCAACAUUUAUCAGUUUAGUGAUCUUAAUGGUAAUUGCAGAUUCACGUGAAAUUGAAAUGCGAUUGAGAAAAAGCCUGUCAACAACAUGUCAACAACUAUCCUGUCAACAGGGCUGCACGGACGGCCCCCGUUACUCAAGAUGCACUUGCAGGAAAGGAUUCUCACUGCAACAGGACAGGAAAUCUUGCAAAGACCUGGACGAGUGUCGUCUGUUCUCGUCCAUCUGCCAACACAAGUGUGUCAACACGCCAGGAAGCUAUAUCUGUUCCUGCCACACAGGCUUCGUCCUGGCCAUGAAUGGCCGCAGUUGUACGCAACACAGCAAAAAUAGUCCAUGCAGUGGCAGGAGUUGUAGCGUGAGACAUCUCAGUCAUCACAGGAACCACAGGAAGUUUCAUGUACGCGCCACCAGACCUAUCUCAGGGUCAAGGACAUUUUUGUGCAAAGGUCAAGGUUGUGACACAUCGACCCCUAUCAGACAAAGCGGUCGCCAUGGAUACAGCAAUGCAGAAUCAUUGACACGAACGAUCUCACCACCAAUGUUCCUCCCCUGUGUUGGUAAAAAGUGUGAAAAUAACAAACCGGUGCAUCAUGGAAGGAAAAAGACAGAGUUAUCUCCUUGUAAUAAUAUAAACUGUGGAGGAAAAGCUGCAACAAAAGGUCAAGGUCAUGUUGUGUCAUGCUUGCAUCUGCCAUGCGAUGAAGAUAAUCCCAGUCAAGAGAUGAUCCCAAGUGAGGGGGGUUCAAGAGGGGCACUUAUGGGGGUUAAUUGUCAUGGGCGUGGGUGCUGGGACGGUGAUGAUGGGAGAAAAUCUUGGGGGGUGUUCCCCACAGAGACAGACUACUUGAUUAACACUGAUUACUUAAAGGAUGUUUAUCAUAAUGGACAUGCUCUUGUAUCAAAUGGGCAGAAACCAAAACAAAAUGUUAAUUCUUAUGGAAAAAAUGCUGAAAUUAUUCCCAAAAAUAAAAGGCAUAAGAAAAGAGACUUAAAACACCAUGAAGAAAAUACAAGGUUAAAAAACAAGUCUCAGAUUAUGAGCAGAAAACAGUUUUUAAAUGAUUUCAACAAGAAAAGAAAUCAUGAACUUGUAAAUCAGUCUGAACACAGACAGUCAAAAUUAUUUGUGAAACGUCAUCAUCAGAUGAAACCAAGUGUGAAAGAGAACAAACAUGUGUCGAAAACAAAUGAGAUUAAAGAAACCGUGUUUGAAGAUAUGCUGCAAGACGGGGAAAUGCAACAAGAUGGAGAAUGGACAUGUCGUGGGGAUCUAUGCAACCAGAAGAACCGGCUGGGUAACCUGCAGACAACCCAGCCGAGCAAUUUAGUGGAUUCCAAGAGGGUCAAGUGUCCAGUUGGUUACCAGAAGGGCCUGUUUGAUGGUUCUGUUGUGUGUCGACCGUUACGCAAGAGCGCUCGUAAAGAACUGGAGGCGAAGAACUGUCCCCCUGGCUAUAAGGCUGUGAUGGGGGAGACUGGGGCUGAGUGUGCGUUUGACGAAGAUAGUUUGAUAUGUGGUCCAGGACAGGUGCUUGUUGAGACGAGGGAGGGGAGGAGGUGUGUCGCCAUAACAACACCUACUCCACCAUCCUGUCGCACAGGACAGAUGCUGAUAAAAGUGAAGGGGAAAUUUGUAUGCCAGGAUGUUCCAACCACAUCAACUACCACUACUACUACAACACCAACACCACCUUCCUGUCUGAAAGGACAGAUGCUUCUAAAGAUGCAGGGGAAAUUUGUAUGCCAGGAUGUUCCCACAUCAUCUACAACAACUACUACUACAACCACGACAACAACUCCUUUGACUUGUAGAAAUGAUGAAGACCUCGUCAGAACUGUUUCCGGUGCCAUCUGUGUCCUGAGGACAACUCCAAAGCCCACAACGACAUUCCCACCAUGUCCUGUUGGCUUACAGCGAGUUCAGACAUCUAUAGGUAUAAUGUGCCAGUAUGUAGGUCCGACCUUCACCUUGACAACAAAACCUCCGCUGGUCUGCAGACCCCCACAGAUCAUCAUCAACACGCCAAGAGGUCAAGCAUGUGGGUUUCCACCUAAGAAAGAUGCCACAAAAGUAAAGUGUCCUUAUGGACAAAGACUGGUAGAAGGGCCAAAGGGUCUGAGAUGUAAGAAAAUAAACCGAGCAUCUCUGACUGGUCUUCCCUGUGCAUCUGGGUUAGAGUUAGUGAGGACGAACAAAGGGCUGGAGUGCAAGUACCGUCGGACAACGCGGAAGACGUCUGAAGUCACCCUGUCUGGGAAGGUCGGUGGCUCAUGCACUGAAGGUCAGAUAAGGUCAGCGACACCUCGUGGAUUUGUAUGUCAAGAUUUAAAAGUGUCUGAGAUCGACCUGCUUCCUGAUUGUUCUCGUAAUUUGAUUGCUGUUCGAAUGCAUCAUGGGUUUGAGUGCGUGAAAAAAUCGCAAGUGACCUUGACCUGCCACAGUGGGCAAAGGAUGGUGAGGAUUGGGAGCGGGUUCUUCUGCGAGAAGGUGUUGAUCAACUCCAGACUGAAGUGUCCCGCUGGGCAGAUUCUCUUUGCUGUCGAUUCAAGAUCAGAAUGUAGACCACUAGACAAGAACACAAAUCUCUGUGAUGAAGACUCCCGACCCGUAGAAACUGACGAAGGGGUCAUUUGCAAGUCCUUCACCCUUGACCUGGACUGUCCCGUGGGGUACCAUCUAUCCUCCUCACCCCCAAAAUGCCACCCCCUUGCAGCAGAGUAUGACUGUGACACAGAACCAUGCCCCCCUCGUGGAGGUCCACUUCCGCCAUGUGAACAGGGCUAUGGACUCGUUAACACGACAUUCGGAUUAGUGUGUCAGCUUGAGGAGUUUAUAGAGAUCAUCUGCGAUGAUUUUAAAUGUCGCACAGAGAUUGUGGAAAACUGUAAGAUUGACCUGGUGGAUCGCCACAAGAGGCGAAGCUGUAAGGAUCUUCUGCGUGGGUUCCUCAGAGGAUGUAACCCACAGUGUGCCAACGGGGGAACGUGUCAGAAUGGAACGUGUGUCUGCCCCACGGGGAUUAUGGGAAGUACCUGCCAGGAAGAUAUUGACGAAUGCCAAGAGCUGCCACCUGGUUUCUGUCAAUAUCGUUGCAAGAACACCUUCGGUCAUUUUGAGUGUGAAUGUCCUCCUGGCACAACACUGAACAACGACAAGAGAACCUGUACAGUGUUGAGAUGUGUGCCCGACUGCUUGAACGGCGGCAGAUGCAGCGACAACGGCGUGUGCGUGUGUCCAUCAGGUUUUACAGGGGAUUUAUGUGAGAGUGAUAUAGAUGAGUGUGCCAGUGGGCGAGGUCUCUGUGAGUUCUACUGUCGCAACACGUACGGAGGCUACGCAUGUAUCUGCCCCCCAGGCUCUCGACUCAGGACAGACAAGAGGUCCUGCAUGAAUACCACCUGUCAACCUGAGUGUCGGAACGGAGGGUACUGCGAGAACCACCGGUGUGUGUGUCCCCCCCAGUUUCAGGGGGUCGUCUGUCAGCUUGAUGUGAACGAGUGCUCUGGUCAGAAUCGAUGUAGUCACACAUGUCAAAACAAAUAUGGAGGCUAUCGUUGUUCCUGUCCGCCAGGGCAGACUCUGGCUCAGGACAGACAUACAUGUGAACGUCGCUCCAGGACACAGAGGUCUCGCAAUCAAAUCGGAAAAUGAUUCUGAAACACAAGACUCGAUAAAUGUUAAUAAAUGUUCAAUUUCUC